AUGCCAGCAGUAUCACGACUGGGUAGAAAGAAGCGCUGGCAUCACAAAGACUUCAACGGCUGCAUAAAGUGCAAACAGAGGCGCGUCAAGUGUGGGUCAGAAAAGCCAGCCUGUGUAAGAUGCCAGAAAUUGGGAGUUGUCUGUCCUGGAUAUCAACCGCGAAAAGCCCGCCUUUUUGAGUUCAGGCCCAAGUACAGCUUCCAAUACGAUGAGGACAGGGCCAACUACGAUUACUUCCUCACAACUGGGUCGAAAGUCGUGGCACUGUCCCAAGCAACUUCUGAGCCGUUCUGGACUAGGCUUGUCCCUCAGCUGGCCGAGAAUAAUGCGGUUAUCAGACACGGUCUGAUCGCCCUCGGCGCGCUCUUACGGCCUUUACAUGCAAAGUCAUCUUCUCGGAGGCGCGAGUUUCUUUGUAUACCACAAGCUGCUGCCAAACACUCAGCAUCAGCAAUGCAUCAAUUGAGGUCAGCGGCCCCGGGAUCUCUAUCGCCAGAGAUGUCAAUCGCAUGCUCUCUCGUCUUGGCCGAACUUGACAAGUGGAUGGAAAAGGAGACGUCUCCUGUACUUCAAAUCAUGUCAGCCCACCGUUUUCUAAAACACAAAAGUAUGGCCACCGUGCCAGUUUUAAACACAACCAAGGAUGGGUUCCACCAACUGUUCGAACCGAUGGUUGAUGAAUUACUCGUCGAUGCAUGUAGUUCUUUGGACAAUUUUCCAACCCUGGCUUCUGGGCUGAUGUCAAACUAUCAGCUUGCCAACGGUCUAGACAGAAUCAAUUCUAUCACAACUUAUAUGGAUGCCCUUCAUGGCAUUGCGUCACUCCUAAAAGCGGUUUUCCGCUCAACCUGCCCUUACAUCGUCGCCACCGCGGUCGAGAUGGAUAACAUCUCGUUCACAAUGGACACAGUCGGCCACAAAUUACAACAUCUUGAUUGUAGGAGCGACCUUCCGGUGGAACAUAGACUUCUCCAGGUCCACCACCGAGUUGCCCGCAUCGUGUUCUACACGCUGGGACGGAACGAUGAAUGGAUCUAUGACCUUUUCCAUCGCGACUUCUGUUUUAUCGUCAAACAAACGGUGCUGCUCAUGACAUCCUUAAGGAGCACGCCACCAAUGAUCAUGGGACAAACUACCUUUACACCAACUUUGGGCUUGAUUCCCCCUCUGUUCUUAGUAGCAACCAAAUGCCGCGACUCGCACAUUCGCGGACAAGCAUUGCAAAUGCUCCACAGCGUAUUGCGGAAUGAAAGGGGCUGGACAAGUUGCAUGGCAGCUACGAUCAGCCGAUUUGUGAUUCAGAAAGAGCUUCAGUCGUGCGUGACACCACAGACCGUUGAAACCCUCCGGGGAAAGUCAAUUAUUCUCCAGCGCCCUGAACAGCGGAUCAAACUGGACGAAGUGGAGUUCUCUAACCAUGACAACAAGAUAUACCUGGCAUACACGGUUUGCUCCAAAGCCCCCAACGGUUCUGUGGGCAGAAAGUGCAUUGCAAGCAUUCCCUAUUUGUCUCACCCUUCCGUCGAGAAGAACAGCACAACAACAUGUCAACUGUCAAGAAAAGUCCUGCGACACUGUGGAUAUACAGGCAUUAUUCUGUUCUCGCCGCAGAUUGAUUGCCAUUGCAUUCAAUGCGACGUCUACAGUGCUGCUGAAUAG